AUGACCCAGAUCAUGUUUGAGACCUUCAACGUGCCCGCCAUGUACGUGGCCAUCCAGGCCGUGCUGUCCCUCUACGCCUCCGGCCGUACCACCGGCAUCGUGCUCGACUCUGGCGACGGCGUCACCCACAACGUGCCCAUCUAUGAGGGCUACGCCCUGCCGCACGCCAUCAUGCGCCUGGACCUGGCCGGCCGCGACCUCACCGACUACCUGAUGAAGAUCCUCACUGAGCGUGGCUACUCCUUCGUGACCACAGCUGAGCGCGAGAUCGUGCGCGACAUCAAAGAGAAGCUGUGCUACGUGGCCCUGGACUUCGAGAACGAGAUGGCCACGGCCGCCUCCUCCUCCUCCCUGGAGAAGAGCUACGAGCUGCCCGAUGGUCAGGUCAUCACCAUCGGUAACGAGCGCUUCCGCUGCCCGGAGACGCUCUUCCAGCCCUCCUUCAUCGGCAUGGAGUCGGCGGGCAUCCAUGAGACCACCUACAACAGCAUCAUGAAGUGCGACAUCGACAUCAGGAAGGACCUGUACGCGAACAACGUCAUGUCGGGGGGCACCACCAUGUACCCCGGUAUCGCUGACCGCAUGCAAAAGGAGAUCACGGCGCUGGCCCCCAGCACCAUGAAGAUUAAGAUCAUCGCCCCACCUGAGCGCAAGUACUCGGUGUGGAUCGGCGGCUCCAUCCUGGCCUCGCUGUCCACCUUCCAGCAGAUGUGGAUCACCAAGCAGGAGUACGACGAGGCCGGCCCAUCCAUCGUCCACCGCAAAUGCUUCUAGACCCCAUUCCACCAACAGCGCUCGAAUUCUCCUCAGGACGACACAUCUGCUCAGGUUGCAGGUGGCUGACCUCGAGUCACCGCGCAGCAACUUUGUCUCUAACAACUUGAGUUGCUGCCGCCGCAACCCGACGCAAUGUUUAUAACGUGUACAUACAUUAACUUAUUUACCUCAUUUUGUUAUUUUUAAAACAAAGCCCUGUGGAAGGAAAUGGAAAACUUGAAGCAUUAAACUCAGCCAUUCUGUCUGUUGCA